AAGGCUCUGGCUUGGCAUCAGAACUGGGUCUGAGUCCCGGCUCCAAACGCACCCAAGCCGACACUGGGCAAGAUGGCCCACUGGCUGCAGCUCAGGCUCCUGGUCUGUCACCAAGAGCCUUGGUCCAGAUCCGGAUGGACUCUGAGCACAGUGCAUGCCCAGUCUGUGCUGGGGCUGUGGCCUGGGAGCCUGAGAUUGACAAGUACCUCUAUGCCAUGCGACUCUCCGACGAGACCUUGAUAGAUAUCAUGGCUCGCUUCAAGAAGGAGAUGAAGAAUGGCCUCUCUCGGGAUUCUAAUCCAACAGCCACAGUCAAGAUGUUGCCAACAUUUGUGAGGUCCAUUCCUGAUGGUUCUGAAAAGGGGGAUUUCAUCGCACUGGAUCUUGGUGGAUCUUCCUUUCGGAUCCUGCGAGUGCAAGUAAAUCACGAGAAAAAACAGAACGUCCACAUGGAGUCUGAGGCCUAUGAAACUCCUGAAAACAUCGUGCACGGCAGUGGGAGCCAGCUUUUUGAUCACGUCGCCGAGUGCCUAGGAGACUUCAUGGAGAAAAGGAACAUCAAGGACAAGAAGCUGCCCGUGGGCUUCACCUUCUCCUUCCCUUGCCGACAAUCCAAAAUAGACGAGGCCGUCCUGAUCACCUGGACGAAGCGAUUUAAAGCGAGUGGCGUGGAAGGGGCAGAUGUAGUCAAGCUGCUGAACAAAGCCAUCAAGAAGCGAGGGGACUAUGAUGCCAACAUCGUUGCCGUGGUUAACGACACGGUGGGGACCAUGAUGACAUGUGGCUAUGAUGACCAGCAGUGUGAAGUCGGCCUGAUCAUUGGCACUGGCACCAACGCCUGCUACAUGGAGGAGCUGAGGCACAUUGACCUGGUGGAGGGCGACGAGGGAAGGAUGUGCAUCAACACCGAGUGGGGGGCGUUUGGGGAUGACGGCUCCCUGGAAGACAUCCGCACUGAGUUUGACAGGGAGAUCGAUCGGGGCUCCCUCAACCCAGGAAAGCAGCUGUUUGAGAAGAUGGUCAGUGGCAUGUACAUGGGGGAACUGGUCCGGCUGAUCCUAGUCAAGAUGGCCAAGGAGGGCCUCCUGUUUGAAGGGCGAAUAACCCCAGAGCUGCUCACCCGGGGCAAGUUUAACACCAGCGAUGUGUCGGCCAUUGAGAAGAACAAGGAAGGCAUCCACAAUGCCAGGGAGAUCCUGACCCGCCUGGGCGUGGAGCCAUCCGAUGACGACUGUAUCUCCGUACAGCACGUGUGCACCAUCGUCUCCUUUCGCUCAGCCAACCUGGUGGCUGCCACACUUGGUGCCAUCUUGAGCCGCUUGCGUGAUAACAAGGGCACGCCCAGGCUGCGCACCACGGUCGGCGUUGAUGGCUCUCUUUACAAGACACAUCCACAGUAUUCCCGGCGUUUCCACAAGACCCUGAGGCGCCUGGUGCCCGACUCGGAUGUGCGCUUCCUGCUGUCGGAGAGUGGCAGUGGCAAGGGCGCUGCCAUGGUGACGGCUGUGGCCUACCGCCUGGCUGAGCAGCACCGGCAGAUCGAGGAGACCCUGGCCAACUUCCGCCUCACCAAGGAGAUGCUCCUGGAGGUAAAGAAGAGGAUGAGGGCCGAGAUGGAAGCGGGGCUAAGCAAGAAGACACAUGAAAAAGCCGUGGUCAAGAUGCUGCCCUCCUUCGUCCGCAGCACCCCUGAUGGCACUGAGCACGGGGACUUCCUGGCCCUGGAUCUUGGAGGAACGAAUUUCCGCGUGCUACUGGUAAAAAUCAGGAGUGGGAAGAAACGCACGGUGGAGAUGCACAACAAGAUAUAUGCCAUUCCCAUCGAGAUCAUGCAGGGCACAGGCGAGGAGCUCUUUGACCACAUCGUCUCCUGCAUCUCCGACUUCCUGGACUACAUGGGCAUCAAAGGACCCCGGAUGCCACUGGGCUUUACAUUCUCAUUCCCCUGCAAGCAGACAAGCCUGGAUGCGGGCAUCUUGAUCACCUGGACCAAAGGCUUCAAGGCUACAGACUGCGUGGGGCACGAUGUGGCCACCCUGCUGCGGGAAGCCAUCAAAAGGAGAGAGGAGUUUGAUCUGGACGUGGUGGCCAUGGUCAACGACACAGUGGGCACCAUGAUGACCUGUGCCUAUGAGGAGCCCACUUGCGAGAUCGGACUUAUCGUCGGGACGGGCUGCAAUGCCUGCUACAUGGAAGAAAUGCGGAACGUCGAGAUGCUGGAAGGGAACGAUGGGCUGAUGUGCAUCAACAUGGAGUGGGGCGCCUUUGGUGACAACGGCUGCCUGGACGACAUCAGAACCAACUAUGAUCGACUGGUGGACGAAUAUUCCUUAAAUGCCGGCAAGCAGAGGUACGAGAAGAUGAUCAGCGGCAUGUACCUGGGGGAGAUUGUCCGCAACAUCCUCAUCGACUUCACCAAGAAGGGCUUCCUCUUCCGGGGGCAGAUCUCCGAGCCACUCAAGACACGGGGCAUCUUUGAGACCAAGUUCCUCUCUCAGAUCGAGAGUGACCGGCUCGCGCUGCUCCAGGUGCGGGCCAUCCUCCAGCAGCUGGGUCUGAACAGCACCUGUGACGACAGCAUCCUUGUCAAGACCGUGUGUGGGGUGGUGUCCCGGAGGGCUGCGCAGCUGUGCGGCGCAGGCAUGGCUGCCGUGGUGGACAAGAUCCGUGAAAACAGGGGGCUGGACCGCCUCAACGUGACUGUGGGCGUGGAUGGCACACUCUACAAGCUUCAUCCACACUUCUCCCGAAUCAUGCACCAGACCGUGAAGGAACUGUCGCCAAAGUGUAACGUGUCCUUCCUCCUUUCGGAAGAUGGCAGCGGCAAAGGGGCGGCGCUCAUCACGGCCGUAGGCGUGCGACUCCGGGGAGAGCUGGGCAGCUAAGAGCCAAGGGUGGAGGAAUUCCCCCGGCCCACUGCCCUUCCAGCAUUUCUCUCUGCCAAGCAACGACCCCUGUUCCUCCCAGUGUGCGGUGCUGGGACACGCUGGCGUCAGAGCCUGCCACCGCCCCGCCGCCAGCACUGCUGCAGCAGGGAGAAAGACACCACCCAACUAACGGUGUAUAACCUAGGGUACAGUGUAGAGUGUGUACUGCUGGUAAUCUCUCCCCUGGAUUCCUCCUCAACUGCCCUGCCACUCUGCAUGAUUUGAUUUCAACCUGGUCGUCCGUUCCCCACAUGUGAUGUGUAGUGGCAUCCAUUUCGACUGUAUGCAUUUACCCACCUGAUUAUUUAUUGGCUCGAGAUGAAAAAUCACAGCACCUUGCCUCCGAAGCUCGCCGUUGGAGUCCUCUCCCCUCCCCACGCCGUGUGACAUGUCUAUUAUCACCAGCAGACACUGCCGGGCUUCCACCUUCCGGGACAUGCGGCCUGGAGUGUGGACAUGGCGUUAGCCGCCCCUCCUCCAUCCCGUCAGGAUGCAGCAACGCCCCUAGAUCGUGUGUCUGUGUACCCCCAAUCCUAGCCACGUCGUUGGCAGUUUUGGCGUUGUUUGUCUUGCAGGGGGAAGGUGGACCGUCCUGGGGGAGAUUGUCUUGUCUGUGUUUGGGUCAAAGGAACCAGUCAGCCCUCCAUGCUGUCAUUGGAAUCUCCCAUCGCUUCUGUGAGCCAUGUUGUAUGAUCUAGUAAACUUUGUACCGAUUCAAA